AUGACUGGCGUGCUGCGCCGGAGCGCAGGGCGCCUGGUCUCGGCAGUGGAGGCCUGCGUGGCGCCUGUGCAGACCCUGAGUCUCCCGGGGGACGCACGACGGGGGUCGGCCACCCACUCCGUGUCUUCCUCUUCCCCCCGUGAGACCAGCAUCGGCAGAUUCUACAAGCACGUGGGCGUGAGACCAGAGGACCAAGGCCAGGGGUACCAUGUGACGCUGGACUCCCGAGUCCUUCGCACCCCGGCCCAGAAGCCCCUGACGGUGCCGAGCGAGGCACUGGCGCACGCCAUCGCCGCCGAGUGGGAGUGCCAGGUACAGCGGGUGCAGCCGCACACGAUGCCGCUCAUGACCCUGGCCGCCACGGCCAUCGAUGCCCCACGCGGCCGCGCCGUCGUCGUUGACACCCUGAUCCACUACCUGCACACCGACAGCCUGCUGUGCCGCGAGGCGCCGGGCCGCCUGGCCGUGCUGCAGGCCGAGACCUACGAGCCGAUCCUGGGCUGGGCGCGGGCACGGCUGGGUGCGGCCCUGCGCCCCUCCGACUCCAUCUUCGGCGCGGCCCUGCCGGACGCUGACCUGGCCGCGGCACAGGCCUACCUGGAAUCGCUGGACCGCUGGCACCUGACCGCGCUGGAGCACCUGGCGGCGUGCUGCCGCUCGGUGCUCCUCGCCUGCGCGGUGGUGGAGGGGGAGGUGGGCGUCCCCGACGCGCUGGCGGUGGCCAGGCUGGAGGAGAGCGCGCAGAUCGCGCAGUGGGGCCUGGUGGAGGGCGGGCACGACAUCGACAUCGCAGACCUGCGAGUCAGAGUCGCCGCGCCGUCGGUUUUCCUGCGCCUGUUGCGGGUGUGA